AUGUCGCAGUCAGGGCGCGGCUCGACUCUCUCCGCCAGCGGCGCCCAGGUCGCACCAUGCAAAGCUCAUGUCGGCGAGGCAAUCACAGUGGGCGUUCGAUUGCGGCCACUUCUGCCGCACGAGCAGGGGCAACAGCCAGUGCUGAAGGUGGAGAGCGACAACGUUGUGUCCGUCGUGAUUGGAAAUGGCGUGAAGCACAUUGGCCCAUCGCGCUUCCAGUUCGACCACGCGAUGGACAGCACUGAUCCCGCAAGCCCCAGUCAUGUCAGUGCUGCGAAGUGCUAUGAUCUCAUGGGCAGACGGAUGCUGGAACACAUGAUGUUGGGUUAUAACACCUGCCUGUUCUGUUACGGCCAAACCGGCACUGGAAAGACAACCACCAUAAUGGGCAGCGCAUUUCCCGUGGAGGAGCAGGGCAUCCUCCUGCGGCUGAUCACCGAGCUGUUUGCCGAGGUGGCCCGGCUGCGGGCAGAGGGCUCCGAGGUGUCUGUGCAGCUUCAGAUGUUAGAAGUCUACAACGAGAAGUUAUCAGACCUACUAGUGCCACGAGAGGUUUCCAUCUCUCGGCGUAACAGCUUUCAUGCAGCAGGGCAUGCAGUGGGGAAGGCCGAUUCGUUCAAGAAGAUAGACGUCCACGUGCAUCCAGAGUUUGGUGUUUACCUCACUGGGGCCACAGAGCUCAUGGUCGACAGCGCCGAGAAGUGCGCAAGGUCCAUCGAGUUCGGGAAUUCCAUGAAGACCGUCUACGCCACCGCGAUGAACUCCCAGAGCUCGCGCGGGCACACUGUCGUCAAGCUCAGCGUAGAACGGAAGGGGGGCAACGACAACAUGGUCCUGCGCUCUGAAGUGUAUUUCGCGGACCUCGCGGGCCGCGAGAACGAGAAGACGACGCAGGUGACGGGGGACCGCCUGGUGGAGCUUACGUUCAUCAACCGCAGCUUGCUGCAGCUGGCGAACUGCAUCCAGGGCCUCGGCAGAGAAGGCAUGGCCCAGGCCAGCCGCAGGAGGCCCAGCCGGAAGCAUCCAGCCUCCGCUCCCGAGUGGCCAGAAGACCACCAGGAGCACUUGGACCACGGGGGCCCCCAGGGCCGCAGGGACACCAAGGGCCACAAGGACCAGCACGACCAUGAAGACCACGCGCCACACCCUGGCCAUCAGCACCAAAGGGACCAUCCUGACCGCAGAGACCACGCGCCGUACUCGGGCCAGCACCACCGCAAGGGCACCAGGGACUUCUCCCUGUUCCGCAACUCGAAGCUGACGCUCCUGCUCUCCAACGCCCUCAGCGGCAACUCCCGCACGGCCAUGAUCGGCACUCUGAGCCCCGCGAUCGGGCACUUCGAGGAGAGCUACAGCACCCUCAGGUUUGCUGUCACGGUCGGGGCGAUCAAGGUGGAGGCCAUCAAGUCUUCCGAGCAGGACUAUCCCAGCCUGGUGAAGAAGCUCCAGGGUGAGGUCGCAGAUCUGAGGGCGCAGCUGUCGGCUGCGAACGCCAACGUGCAGCUCAACCCGAGCCUCAUGCCUGUUGAGACGCGUGCGCGAGCACGGGAGGAACUCGUCGACGAGCUCACCAAAGACCCUGAGGACUCUCGCAGAGCAUCGAAGAACCGUGAGCCCCCGAUGCGGCAUGCCAUGCUCCAGCACGGUGCCGCAGAGUUCUCGCAGGUUCCGCUUCCCCACCUGGUCGGCUCCUCCGACGACCCGAGCGAGAUCGGGGCAGUGGUGUACCACAUCCCGCCCGACAAUGCGGAGCAUUCGCUCGGCGCCGACGACUCGAACGACCUCCGGCUGCCUCCUCGUGCGGGCGUGCCCCCGCGGGCGUGCACGCUGCGCAACGACGGCCGGUCUGUCUGGAUACGGCUGGCCCGUGGAGCCGAGGGCCGCGAGCACCCCGAGGCGGCAGACGUCAGGGUCGACGGGGUGCGGCUGGGCACCGAGGCGGCGCAGGUCGGGCACCUCAGCUGCCUGCACUUCGGGCCCGCAGUGACCCUCUGCCUCUGCACGGAGAGGACCUCGAGAGACGACAUCGUGUCCUGCACGUGGCACGAAUCGCCCGCGGACCCCUCCAUCGAGGAGCUGGUGUCGCUGCUGCUGGGCGACGAGCGCGCCGACCGGCGCGAGCAGCUCGGGCAGGCCGCCAGGAGGUGCCUGAGAGACGCCUGCAGGGCACAGGGGCCUCAGGCCGUGAGGUCUCUCCUGGAGAGGGCCCGGGACGCUCGAACGUGGUCGCUCGCGCGAACAGCGCCUCGGAGGAGACUCGCCCGGGCUCCGGCUUGCGCUUCGAGCUGGCCGCUCACGCCCCGUGGCCGCCGCGGGGCCCCGGCCCCGCGGGGCCGGAGCUAG